UGCGAGGCUGGGAGUUCACCUGUCGCGGCGGGGGGGCGGGGGGAGCCUGCACAGGGCGGGGGGUCGGAGCCUCCCGGGGAAGCGGGGCCGCGGCAGCCAUGAUACACUUUGUACUCCUCUUCAGCAGACAAGGGAAAUUAAGACUUCAGAAGUGGUUUAUUACAUUGCCUGAAAAAGAAAAGAAAAAGAUCACCCGAGAAAUUGUGCAGAUUAUUCUGGCUCGCAAUCCCAAAAUGAGCAGUUUUGUUGACUGGAAAGACCUCAAACUUGUUUACAAAAGGUAUGCUAGUUUAUAUUUCUGCUGUGGAACGGAAGACCAGGAUAAUGAGCUUCUGACCCUAGAAGUUGUCCAUCGUUAUGUAGAGUUGUUGGACAGAUAUUUUGGCAAUGUUUGCGAACUGGAUAUUAUCUUCAAUUUUGAAAAGGCGUACUUUAUUCUUGAUGAGUUUCUAAUGGGAGGAGAAAUUCAAGAAACUUCUAAAAAAUCUGCUGUAAAAGCCAUAGAGGAUGCAGACAUGUUACAAGAGACAAUGGAAGAAUAUAUGAGCAAGCCUGCCUUUUAACUAGAACCCCCAUAGACAGAAAAAGAUGCUGCAUACAAUGUACAUAUAGAGGUUGCUGUUUCUAGGUGCCAGAUUACUUGAGCAAUGCAAAAACCUCAUACCCUUGCAAGAGAAGACGAAGGUCAGCUGCAGUAGCACAUCUAACAGUGUGCAUGUGUUACACUUCUAGAGGUUUCUUAUAAUCUAAUCUUUCUGGCUGUCUAGACUGAAUGUUUGUCAUUAUGACAUUUCUUAGCUACCUGCUUUUUCAUUCUAAGAAAUUGAAGGAUAUAUUUAUAUGAGGUUUGGGUCAAUUUCUGACAAAUUCAGUAUAAUUUUGUAAAAAAAAGCCAUUUAUUUUCACUGUGAUCAUUUUUCUGAACUAAUAAUAAUGAUUUUGCAAAAAAAAAAUUGAGUUGUUGAUGAUUUUUGAUUUUAAGCUUGCUUUGAGUGUGGUUUAGUAUUCCAUGCACUUAACCUAUGUUUACCUGUUAUAUCAAGGGCAGUAAAGUACUAUAGUUCUAAAACACACAUGUAGACUCAAACACAUACACAUAUUGAGUAAAUUUGGACUGAGUUUUUCACUAUGUACUUUGCUAAAUCAUCUAACCGAGUAUUUUAACACAUACAGUGGGGGAAAUCGAGUUCUGUUCCAAAAAAAUCUGCCUUUGAUUUUCUACAGAGAUGGGAGAAGUUACCCCUACUGAAUAUCUCUGUAUCACUUUUUUGUUUUGCCCUCGGGGAUG